AUGACACAGAAUCAGAUGGCGGCCUGGUUCUGCCCAUCUGUAUUUUUAUAUCUUAGUAGUGUAGUACCUGCAAUUUGGUUGUUAGAACUGGAUAAAGUAGACAUAAGGCUAAAAUCUCGAGGAACGAAUAUCAAUAUAUCGGAGAAUAUUGAUUUAUCUAAUCUGGCAGCUGAUGACUUAAAACAUCUGGAAGAAGCUCUAGGCGUUGAUAUUCGCUUACCGGAUAUACAGAUUUCCACAGAAACAUGGGUUACCUUGAUCGAACAAUUCUUAAUGCUAAUUUUGAUAAUCGGCCGAUGGAUGUUGCCGAAAGGUGACUUGACUCGAGAUCAGUUAAGCCAGCUGUUGUUAGUCUACAUUGGUACUGCAGCUGAUAUUAUCGAAUUCUUUGAUUCCUUCAAGGAAGACAGGAUAGCAAGAGAACCUGUACUGGUAUACUUGACAUUAGGCAUUUGGGCAUGGUCUCUUACGCAGUUCACAGUUGUCCUGACUGCCACCAAGUCUAGGAAAUCUCGAUUGUCGUCCGGCAGCGUUAUCAGGAAAAAAGUCCGAACGGAAACCAGCUGCUGCAGUAUUGAUGUAUGGGGAAUCGCUCUGAACAUGAUUCUUCAAGACGGACCAUUUUUGGCAUUUCGUUUGAUAUUGAUAAUUCAUUAUCAGAUAGUUAGUUACAUGAAUAUAUUCUUCACGUGCAAGAAUACAUUAGUGAUAUUGCUGCAAUUGUAUCGACUUUAUGUAGUACAAACUGAAAACAAAAGCAAACGAAACAAAAAAUACAGCAAAAGGGAUGUAUUAAAUAUCAACACUAUUUCUCGGGGUGAUAUGUAUAAAGAUGUAAGAAUGAGAGCUUUGCGAGAUAAUAAUAAAUAUAAGAAUCGAUAUGAUAAGGACAUAGAAGCAAAUUAUAGUGAAACUGAAGACUCGAGAGAAGAUAUCGAUAAAUUCGAUUUGUCUCCAAAAAAUAUCGAAGGCUCCAAAAGAAAAAAUCGCCAAGACACUGGGUACUCGACAUCCAGCUCUCGUAAUUCUAGUAAGCAUGACAAGUUUGAAGAAUUAAAAAAAUUGUCAUGUAGAGAGGAAACUAAACGUGGCACUUCUAAUGAAAGACGUAAAAGAAGAAAGAACAGAAUGUCUUUUGAAAAAAGCGAAAGGAAGUCGAUAAUGAUUAAAAAUGACAAUAAUUUCGACAGAAACUCCAUUCAAAAGUUCGAUAUUGAAAAUGAAUCCUCCAGUGAAGAAUCAGCUGAAUGUAAAGUUGUCAGAGAAGACAGUGAAUCGAAAUCCAAUAGAAGGAGGUAA